UAGUAAAAUGGCAAGACCUUCUUCAAUAAACCCUUGUCAAAAAGAAACUGCACGACAGGACGUUGUCACUCCAGGCUAGGCAAUACCGGGCAAUUAUUUUACACGCACCACCUGUCACCGGCACCCUGCAGUCGGGGUAUCGAACUCAGUCAAAAGAAGGCGAAUGACACCUCGACCAAGAUGAACGAGAUGUAUGUGAACCUUAAGCGAAAAUUGAAAGUUACCUGUCGGGACAUUGUCUGAAAUAAUUGUACUGUAGGAGAGGAGAGAUAAAACUCAGUUUCAUCCGUCACGUUGUUUACGUUGGUAGUGUCGGGCAGUGUUUUCUAGUCCUAUAUUGCUGUGACUCCCACGUCUUGUAUUUUGGAGUAAAUUGAGAACUUUGUUGUGGGUGGUUGGUUGGGUUAUGGGGCAGUGAGGUUGUAUGGGUGGUUAUGUAUUUUAUUUUUAAUACGUAGUUGGAAAACAUUUGUCAAUCAUGAACCGACCUCUAAAUGUUAUUGCCAACUCUCCUGAAAAUAGGAGUGCAAAAUUAUUGAACAUAUCAGAAGAACAGCAGGUGCAGAUAUUUGCGAAGCAAAUGCUGGCCAAAAGAAUAUUUGUUGGGCAUUAUCAGGAGCGUCGGUAUGUCGGAGCACUGAAUUCGUACAGGGAUAUUGUUUGCGUUACUGAAUCUGAAAAUGAUCUUCCUCGAGAUCUGAAUAUUGUGAAGAAAAGGAUUGAACAAUUCUAUCCAUCUGAUGUAAUUUGGACUGGUAUUACAGGUCCAGAAAUGGUAGGCGCACCUGCUGGUUAUAGUCUAUGGGUGAAAUUGAAUAACAUUCCUUUCGGUCAUUAUUGGUUUCAAAUAAGAGAAGUAAAAUUUAUUGAGAAUUUGGAAAUAUGUGUGCGUCUGAAGUGUUUGAGAUCUGUUGAUGUAGAUGGAGGGUUUGGAAUUAGAGCAAGUACAAAUUCAGAGAAACAAACUCUCAACUUGGACUCUCAGCAAGAUGAAACUCAAGAGAAAGAAGACUCUAGUAAAAUAAUUUCUUCAUUUGAUUUUCAAAAACUUCUUGUGUCUGUUAAAGACAUUAACUAUCAUGACACAUUGAAUCAUUGGAUAUCUGCUCUCUCUCUUUUGUUUACAUUUCACAACAUGAGACAAAUGCUGUCUUUUCUUGUAAUUCUGGUAAUUUCAGCAGUAACAGGAUUUUUUAAGUUUGUGGCAUUCUUAGGUGACUUUUCAUUGAGGCUCAUGCGAGAAAUAUCUGUUUUUGUUAAUGCAUGUACUCCUAUAGUAUUGGGAAUCAUUGAUUUCUUUUCAAAAUGUGUGGGUGGUUUAUUUAUAUUGAUAACACUACUGUGGAGAGGAUCUACUCCAAAUAAUGCUUUCCAAAAUUUUCAACCACCGCAACGAGCACUUCCUGCCCCUGUCGGCAGGGUUGGACCAGUACCACCCCCUAUGUAUCGACAAAAUAGGAGAUAUGCUCAAUAAUCGUUUUGAUGAAUAGUUCUGGUAUAGUAUAUUUGUACAUAUUUUGUACAGGGUUAUUGAUAUGAGAAAUGUUUUAAAUAGAUAGUAAUAACUUGAGGUAUGUUGAUUUGGAUUCUGUCUGUGAAUGCAUUUUGAAAAUGUGAUAAGACUGAAUAUUUAUAUUAGGGCUCUGUUUGUAUAUUUUAUUCUCAACUGGUAAAUGUGCCCUAAGGAUUAUUUUUACAAUCUUCUUUGAAUCUUGAAAAAUAUUUCUAAUUAUUAUUUUUUAGAUAGACUGCAUUGACUUUGUUAUGGUGCUUUGCUUGAAUUGCAGUAUAAUUUAUGGUACUUUUAUCACUUUAAGAAUAUGUAUGUGAAAAUGAAGGUAGUGAAUUGUUGGUUUAGUUCACAUAUUCGGGAUAUUUUGAAGAAUAUUUUUAUUUUUACAAAGUAGAUCUCUUACUUUGUUAUUGUUUUCAAAUGUGAUAGAUUUAUAUUUUUGAUGUGAUUAACAGAUCAAUGGCAACUAAGUAUUUAAGUGCUUUUAUUAACUCAUUAUUUUAUUUUCCUAUGAUAGUGAUUUAAAGUUGGCAAGUGGCCAAUAGGAACAGUCUUAAUGUUCCUUGAAGUUUAUUUAUUUAUUUAAAUAAAUAAGUAAACCUCUCCAAUUUUCAUGUAAUUUGAGAGUUAGUUUUAUAGGUUUCUCUAGAGCAGGUCCGUCCAUGUAAGUGCACCAAAGAAAAAUACCCAGCUGUUCUGUGUUCCCUGAUGAGUCAGCCUGUGGAGGGAAGUACGUAAAGAGUGGAAUAUGACUGCAUGCCAUGAAACACUGAACCUUGUGUUUCUCCCAAUAGAGAGAAGUGUUGGUAAAAAAAGUGAAUGAAAUAAAAAUAAAUAUUUCUGCACUACCAAAUUUAUUUAUCUUCUAUUGAUAAACAAAUUGAAAACCAUAUUUGAAGGGGGGGAAAGUAACCUAUUUCAGAAAUAACGUUUGAUGAAUUCCCCUAAAUUGGUUUUAGGUGUAUCCUUUUGGGGCACAAUUUUGUAGCUGCACACUCAUUGCAAAUUCUGUUUGUGUAAUUUAUUCAUAAAUGUAAUGGACAACUUAUAAUUAAGCUUACAUGUGCUACAAAUGUUGUUCUCGAGAAAUAAAAGGAUUGGGUGGAAUUAUUCACUUCAAUUACUUUUUGGAAUGGGCCAAUUUAAAUUAUUGACAGUCAUAAUACUAUGUGAUUUAUUAUACUAUUUUACAUGAAUGCAUGUUACUAUGUAUAAUAUCUAUAUACUUUUGAUAGCAAUUAUGCAAUAUAGAAUUUAUGCAUAAAAACUAUGUAAAACAAUUGAAAAACAAAGUGUUCUGUAUUGCAAAAUUUAUUUAGUCACUUUUUCACAACUUUCAUAAAAAUUAUAAAAAUUAAAUUUUUAUAAUUUUUGUGACAUGAAACAUUAUAGAUGUUUUUAAAGUGUACUAAAGAUUCAUUAAUUGUCUACUCUCUCAAGUUAUAUUGUUUUUGGUAUUGUCUAAUUUUAGAUGCAAGUGCAAUGAAAUACAGAUCCCUUUUUGCCCUCUAAUUUUAAGUUUUUAAUACCCUUUUCAGUGCCUUUUUCUAAAAAUGUAUUGCCUUUUGAGCUGCCGAAAAUGUAAGUUUGUAGUGCCUUGACAUCCAAUGUCUAAUGAUUUAUCCAUAUGAGCAUGUGUUUCAUUAUGACCAGAAUCCAAAAGUUCGAAUAUUAAUUUUACCUAAAAUAGGCAUUCAAAAGAGCUUUUAUUGUAGCUGAUGUAGAAGUGAAAAAAGGUGUGUAAACAUUGAAAAAAUCACAUUUAAAAGAUAUUAUUUAAAAAAUUAAUAAACUUGUAAAAAUAUUUUAACCAUUUUUAUUCUAGCUCAAAAAUGUAGAUCAGUACUUACAGUGGAAGGAAAUGAUAUUUUCUUUGUAAUCUUGAUACCACAUGGCCAUCCUAUAUAAUGGCUAUUAAUUUGUUUUUACUGGUGACGCUGUCUCUUCGAAAUGCUUUUGUAGACUCCCCUUUUAUCUUGAAAUGGCAUCUGUGAAAAUAGAAUUACAGUUUUAGUCCUUCGCACUUGUGUAACCCUCAGCACUGAGAAGUUUUUAUCAAAUACAGAGAGAUAUUUUUACAAAAGGGAUGAGAGACCAUACUCCAUUGGAUUCUUUCUGAGUAAACAGCCUGACUGUGUUAUUGAAAAAAAUAAAAAAUCUUGAGUGGUCUUCCUUUAUCAUUUCAAUUUUUAACACUACUAGGUCUUUUGGGGACUCCACUUCCACUGAAUACAAAACUCGAUAUCAUACCUUCAUGUUGUCCAGGUUUGCAGGUAUGUUUCUAACUUGAUUGAAAUCGGUGCCAGGGGAAAACAAAAAUAAUGGCCAAAAAGGAAGAAAAGGGCAAAAACAAGGCAAAUACCAAAAAUAGGCAUCAAAAGUUAAAAUAGGCUAAAGAAGGAAAAAUGUAAAUCAAUUAAAACAACUCUAGAAGUACAAUUAAGUGGUUUCUAUUGUCAAACGAUAUGAAAUUAAAGUGAUAAAAAGAAGGCAUUUUCCCAAUCUUUUGGGCUUUAAUUAUGAUGUUCAUAAUAAUAUCUGAAUAGGUGCAAUAUUCAGCUCUUAGCACUCCAUUGUAGAAAAAUAGUUUUUAUUUAAUAGGUAUUAUGAUUGGUUAUGUGUAUUCAAAUGUAUUUAUGUAAAAUGAUAUUAAUCUCUUAGUAUUAUAACUGUCAGAAAUUGAAAUUGAAUCAUUCCUAGUAAUUAAAUUGAUAGUAUUGAACAUCAAAAGAAUUAAUAUAAAUUAUUCAUUUCCUUCACAUAAGCAUUAAAUAUUUUAGUAAUAUUUCUAUUGUAAAAUAUAGAAAACUAACAUUAUUGGUCUCAUAUUUUUUUAAAAUAAUUGUUGUAAUCCUUUAGAGAAUUUGUCAUACUUGGUGGUGUGAUUAAUUGCUUUAUUCUGCCAGAAAUUAAAUUUCUUGGUGUGUAUUUGUACUUUAUGGCACACUAAGAAUUUGGCAUUCCCACUACAAAUUUCAGAAAGAUACAUCUCUUCCCAAACAGAAUUAAAAUAUUGAGAGUCAACAGUUUGUUCUGUGAAUCAUCCACUCUUGACAUUUCUCUUUGAACAGAAUAAUACUUCUGUAUCUAUCACUGGCCAGUAGUGCUUGCUCCAACAAUGCACUCUGUAGCGCUGUGCUUGCUCCAUGCUCUCAAUAAGCUUUGUUGGUCGACCCUGCUCUACAGAUAAAACGUGAGUUUUCUCGCAUUCUAAAAUGGAAUUACUACUGAGAUUCUUUGUAUGUUUCAACAUAAAUGUUUAAAAGAUGAUAAAGUUAUCAUGUUGCUGGUUUUAUAGUCUUUAGAAGACUUAUGCAUUUAUGGUGAAUAUAAAUAGUAUUCACACAUUUGAUGAUUUGUACUGUAUGAUGGAUGAUUAUCAACAAUAAA